GGUUUGAAAUAGGAAAGUUGGCUAGGCUGCGGUAGCGGAUCUUGGAGUUCGGCUGUUGGUUGAAAUCGAUUCAGGUCUUGCGGGGCAGGUGGCUGGGCUCAGGCCUGCCGGAGAAGGUGGGAAUUGACCUGGGCUCCGAAACCCUCCUGUCGCGCCUUGUCUUACAAAAUGGUAGAAGAUGAACUGGCACUGUUUGAUAAAAGCAUAAAUGAAUUUUGGAAUAAAUUCAAAAGCACUGUCAGUGACACCUCCUGUCAGAUGGUGGGACUAAGAGAUGCCUACAAGGACUCAAUUAAAGCAUUUGCAGAAAAGCUGUCUGUGAAAUUAAAGGAAGAAGAACGGAUGGUUGAAAUGUUUCUGGAAUAUCAAAAUCAAAUCUGCAGACAGAAUAAACUCAUUCAAGAGAAGAAGGAGAAUUUAUUAAAGUUGAUUGCUGAAGUAAAAGACAAAAAACAGGAAGUGGAGGCACUGACUGCAACUAUCCAGGAUCUUAAGGAAGAAUAUGCUAGGAAGAAGGAAACUAUUUCCACUGCUAACAAAGCUAAUGGAGAGAGGUUGAAAAGGCUACAGAAAUCUGCAGACUUGUAUAAAGAUCGACUUGGACUAGAAAUUCGAAAAAUUUAUGGUGAUAAAUUGCAGUUUAUAUUCACUGAUAUUGACCCUAAGCAUCCUGAUCGUCCAUUUAUGUUUUCCCUGUGCCUAAAUGAAGCAAGGGACUAUGAAGUGUCAGAUAGUGCUCCUUAUCUUGAGUGCCUCGCAGAAUUUCAAGAAAAUGUAAGGCAGACCAACAAUUUUUCGGCUUUUCUUGCCAACGUUCGGAAAGCUUUUACUGCCAUGGUUUAUAAUUAAUGUAUAAAUAGUAUGUAAAAACCGUUAUCCCUCUUGUGUUUCUCUUUUUAAAAAAACUGUCAUUAUUUGAUGUUUGUGAUCUUUAUUUUUGUAACAUUUCUGUGUGCUGAUUUUUGUCAAUUAUUUUCAUUAAAAUCUUGGGAAAGAAGGUUUAAGUCAAGCUAUUAGAAGUCAUGGAUCAGUAAUAAUAAAAAAUGAAGGGAGUGAGUCCAAUCUGUGGUUUGCACUUCACAGAGUAAGCGCUAUCAUCCUAAUGUCUUAAAGGAAGGAAUGUUUUUAUCUUAAACCAAGAGGGAUCUACAGUUAAAGGACAAAUCUUUGUAUCAGAAGAAAGUUGGCAGUGUUCUAAAAUAUCUAGAAAAGGAUCUAAUUUUGAAAAUCCAAGUGUAGAAAAUUUAUAAGCAAUUUCCAUUUUGUAAUAUUUAUACUGGUUAGUUGUGGUCUAGACAUAUAUUUGACAUCUUUGGAGUCUAUUCAAUACAGUCUAGAACUCAAAUCAGUUUUCUUCUAGGAUUUCAUUUUUGUCACUAAUCUUUCCUUAAAACUUUGGUUGUGUUUAGGUCUGCUGGCUUUAGUGGAAGCCACAUACUGCUGUCUCAGGAUAUCUUGGGCACACCUAAAAGCCAUGGAGUGGUGGCCUCCCUGCUUCUAGCUGCUUCUGACUUCCCCUUGCUGUCUGGUGCGGGGAGGUUAAGCCAGCUGUCUCGUCAAAGCUGGAGGGAGCUUCAGAGCACUAUCCCUCAGUCGCCUCGUGUCUAGGACUUGGCUCAGGGUUCUGCUCACCAUCGCAUAGCAGUGGAAUUUAUCUAAGAAUGCUGUGGACUAGUGGGAAUGUUAUUUCUCAGACAUCCCCAGUGUGCAGACCAGCUUUUAGGCACCACUGAUUGAUACUAUCUCUGCAGAGAUGAAAGGCUGAUAAACUUCCCUGGAGAUUGGAGUGUGUGGUACAAAUAAUCAUCUUAUCCUGUCUUAGCAUGGGCUUGGCUAAAGGAGUAUUUUAACAGGGAGUUCAGUGAGCAGACUAUCCAGUUUUCCUAGGCAAACCUUCACAUUUGGCCUUAUUUUGUAAUAUACCUACAUUUAAAUGAAUAUAGAAAGCCAUAUCAAAACCCAGCUCUGGUUUUUAUGGACCUGGCUUGAUUUGGAGUGUAAAUUAUAUAAGCAGAAUCCCAUUUCUUAGCUCUUUCUCCUGGGUUAAGACUCAUGUGGUGAAUCCCAGCAAUUUCAAGCUCAUCUCAAUCUCUGAACCAAUCACUGGUGAUCAGAAGAGUAAAGUAUAUACAUUGGAUUAGGUUAGAUCCUCUAGAAACCCAGGUCUGGAGGUAGAUUAAGCUCGAUAACUGAGCUAAGAGUAGGGAUGUUAUUCUUUAAAUGCAAAUAGACACUAAAUGUUUAACAUAAAAAGAUAGCAGGUGACUAUUAUAGUGAGUACAUAUUUACUGAAUUCCCAGCUUGAAAUAUAUCAACAAGGAACAAAAAAUUUAAGAAGUAUUUUCAUUCAUUAAAACUAGAGAAAAACCACAUAUCCUACCACAAAUUCUGGAUAUAAUGUUUUGAACCAUAGAGUGAAAAUGCACCAGGCAUUGAUUCUGAAAGGUCUUUUUUACCUGCAAGUUAGAGAAAUGAAGAUUGGGGAUGAGACACUUAAUGGGGAGCUCUCCACUUAGAUGCAUUUCUCCUCAAGGAUCACCAUUCUUCACUUCUAACUGGGGGUCCAUCUAGUCAGAGCUAUGGUUUUUCCAGUAGUCAUGUCCGGAUGUGAGAGUUGGACCAUGAAGAAGAUUGAGCACCAAAGAAUUAAUGCUUUCAAACUCUGGUGCUCGAAAAGAUUUGAGAGUCCCGUGGACUGCAAGGAGAUCAAACCAGUUACUCCUAAAGGAAAUCAACCCUGAAUAUUCAUUGGAAGGACUGAUGCUGAAGCUGAAGCUCCAACACUUAGGCUGCCUGAUGUGAAGAGCCAACUCACUGGAAAAGACCCUGUUGCUGGGAAAGAUUGAGGGCAGGAGGAGAAGGGGGUGACAGGAUGAGAUUGUUGGAUGGCAUCAUUCACUCAAUGGACAUGAGUUUGAGCAAACUCCAGGAGAUAAUGAAGAACAGGGAACCUGGUGUGUUACACUACAUGGAGUCUCAAAGAGUGGGACACAACUGAGCAACUGAACAAAAAUGACAAGCUUAAAUUUUAAAAUUUGAUACAUUAUGAAAAUUGUGCUUUGAAUGGUUAAGAAUACAUAUGAAAGGGAAACCAAGCUAGUCCAUUAAAUUUCCUCUAUCCAUUUUAUUUAGGAUGGUAUGUUGUAAAAACCAAAUAAUAGUUUUCAGCAUUUAAAACCUUCCCGAUACAGAAAUAAAGCACAAGAUACAAGAUACAAAAUUCAAUUUCAUAAAUGGGAAAAAAAUAUGCAUAAGUAGUAAAACUGAUUGAAAUGGAAUCUCAAUGGGGUACACUAACCUAUUCCACAUUUUGUAAUAAAAUGGAGCAAGACCUCUAAAAUAAAACUCAAUCGCUAAGUUAAAAAAACAGAAUCAGCACAAAAUCUGCUAAAAUGUCUUACUAAUGGGUUUAAAGUUUUGAUUUCGCAGCUAAUGAGGAUUAGAAAAUGUUGCUUCUCUUCCAGUUCAGAGGAUUCUGAUACAGAGGCAAUUAGUUAUGCUUUAAUUUGUGUACCAUGACUGUGAAUUGCCUGUUUAGCUGUAAAGCUAGCAUAGUAUCUUUCCAGGUGGCUCAGUGGUAAAGAAUCUGCCUGCUAACGCAGAAGGAGGAGACAUGGGUUCUAUCCUGGAUUGGGAAGAUCCCCUGGAGGAGGAAAUGUGACCCACUGUGGUAUUCUUGCCUGGAAAAUUUCAUGGACAGGGGAGCUUGGUGGGCUACAGUCUAUGGGAUCGCACAAAGUUGGACACAACUGAGCAUGCAAAAUAGCAUAGUAGCUAACAUAUAGUAGAAACUUAAUAAGUAUUUGUCAAUGUUGAACACAUUUCCAGACUCAGUAGAAAAUUAUUUAAUGGGAAAUUUAUUUUUUAUUUUUAUUUUUUUCUUAAUGGGAAAUUUAAAUUACACCUUUGAAAAGGAGCUGACUUGUUCAGUAAUACCUACAGGCAUGUUGCUGAGAUGUCAAGCAAUUUUUAACAGGUAAAGACAGCUGUAUAGGUAGUUCUUGAAAAAAUGGCAAGCUAAUCGAGAACAAGACUCUGAGUAAAGACAAGAGUUUCAUCUAUGUAGAAAAAGAGUAUUGUCAAGUAAGUAAGUAAACUAGAGAGUAUGCAAGCUAUUUCGAAUCAGCUCCUUUCAUAGUAUUGUUAAACCUGUUAUGUGAAGUAUGAACAAUGUAUGAUGGGAUAUGUGAAGAAUGUUUGGAGUUUAUGGACACGUUACUCUCUUUCCUUAUCAACUAGGCAAGCUGGAGGUAGCUGCUAGGCUAAGGUGCAAGAAAUGGAAAAACUUCAAGGAAUAAAUUAUUUUACUCAGCUGCAUAGAUUUUUACAAAAAUUCAGAAAGAGGCAAUAUUUAAGAUUCAAAUAAAUGUGAUCUAUAUAAUGGUAAAUCUUGAAUAAAUGCUCUGUGUGUGUGUGUGUGUGUGUGUGUGUGUGUGAAAAAUUCUUCUUUCCAGUAUCAACAUGGUAACAUGAAAAGAUUUGAGAAUUAAGACGUGGUCUAGUCGUUGCUCUACUAUUAAAAUUGAUACAUGACCUUGGACAAAUCAGUUAAUCUUUUUGAGAUUAAAUUUUCUCUCCAACCAAACUGCACUAUGUGUAAUUUCCCAGACUUGCCUUUUCUUUUUUGUUGAGCAGGCCAAGGAAGUUUUCUAUUUUCAGUUAAUUAAAAGUAAUUAUCAUGAAUUUUUGUUGCAUUUUAUUGUGUUUUUCUGUAUCUGUAUGGAUUUUCAUCUUGUAGCUGUUGGUAUGGUGAUUUAUAUUAAUAGGCUUUAAAAAAAAGUUGAAUUAAACUUGCCUUCCUGGAAUAAAUCUUAGUCAUGGCA